AUGGAACAAGUGUAUCCGUUGCUAAUCAAAUGGUUAACGCCCAGCAUUGUUAUAAUAGGAAAUAUAUUUCAAUAUAGUAAUAUUAAAUGGAUUACUCAAGAGAAAGAUCAUUGGUUAAAUGUAGUAUUUGUCAAACGUGGCUGGAUCUGGACUACGUUAGUAAUAAUAUUGAAUGAGAUAGCCAGCAUGCGCACAGCAACUAACAGCAGGAGAAGACGGAGACGUAUCCUUAAGCAGUAUGCAUUGAUGGUCGUGUGGUGGUAUAUAUUUACGCAAGGUAUACCAAUGUACAAAAUUUUCAGCAGUGAUAAUAGCAAUAAUGAGGGCAGUCGCUGGUUCUUAGCACCACCAUUAAUGGAUCUAAUAUUUAUUAUGACAGGUGGUAGUUGUUCGUAUCAAGUGUUUGAUGAUGACAAUGUCCAGAUAUCUACCUUAUUCCACGGCACUGAGAUUCCAAGACGCAAAUGGAAGUACUUGCAAAUAUUGCAAAAUAUUUUAUUAUCUGAUAAUAGAUUACAGAGGCCCCGGACGUCGUUGCUCACGAGUGCCACCGCUGCCUUGCAAUGCUUGUUGCAUAAUCAUAAUCAUAGUCACAGUCAUAGCGGGUUGCCAUUGCCAGCAGCAUCAGCCCCGUUGUCGGCAUGUGAAGCUAUCGGGCACGGCGGCGGCAACUCGUGGAAUAAGGAAAUUGCCGCCGUGAUGAACGAGAUCGAUGGCCAGGUGGCCUCGUCGAGCGCCCGGUGCAGGCAGCUGGGCGGCUACUGGUCCGGCGGGCACGACCCCUCCGGUCACGUGUUUCUGCUCACGGUGAUGGUCACGUUAUUGCUCUCUGAGCUGCGUGGCGGUGGCAGCAGCCGCCGGUGUUGGCAACAGUGCGUGUCACGUGCGCUGUGCUGGCUGCUGGUUGUUCUGUGGUGUGUGUCAUUAUUUGUGACUUGUGCAGUGUAUCACACACCCAUGGAGAAGGCUGCGGGGUUUCUGUGUGGAUAUAUAUUUGCGGUGCGCGCGGUGGUCACGUGA